UAAACGCCAUAGCAAGAUGAAGAAGAGAAAUGUUGCUGUUAGUGGCAAUGAGAAAAACUUCCCAGAAACAAAAGAACCAUGUCAAUUUCGGUGCAUAAAUUGUGGUAGAGGCGCUAGCGAUCUCUUCAAAGACUAUAAUAAUGGAAUUAUAAAGAUGAAACACUGUGAAGAGUGCAGGGAUAUCAUAGACAAAUACAUUGAAUAUGACCCAGUAGUCAUCAGUUUAGAUAUCCUACUCCUCAACAGAAAAGCACUGCGUCAUGUCCUAUUUAACAGCCAGAUCAAGGGCUACUGGAAGUAUGUCAUCUUAUUAUUAGUUUGCGAUUCAUUUGUGAAAAUGACACUUCAGCGAGCUAAAGGGGAGAUUACCCCUGUCAAUCCAACCUAUAUCAUUUACUCUGCCAUGGAAUGGGGACUUUAUAAGAAUUUUUUACUUGCUGCUGUUGAAUUAACGUCUCUGAUUCUGUUCAUCAGUUUCUUGGUGUUGAUGCUCUCUAUGAUGCCAACAGUUUCAUCUGAUAAAAGAACUGGUGUGAACAAACAUAAACAAAGCUGGAGAGACAUGACUGAUGUUAUGCGAGCAGUGAUACUUUCUAAUUUUGGCAAGUUUUUGGUGAUCUUGGCCGUACUGUGGGGAACCCAGAACAGCGACAUUAUAUUCAUCUCAUCAAAACCUACAUAUGUGCUGCCAAUGUACAGGCACUUCGAGUCUGCCUGCCUAGUAGAAGUAUUUGGUUUGUGAUGGCAGUAACUUUAGCUGGACAUUUUUUAUCAAUGAGUGUGACUCAUUCCAUUCAGGUCAUUCUGUUUGGAAGUUGAUAAACUAAUGAAAAAUUAUUUUGAUUAUGGACAAAAUUUUAAAGAGAAUCAAAUGAAGAGAAGACAGUUUCAAACCAAAUGGAUUAAUGAAGUAUCGUAAUUAUGAUACAUGUAUUAUCAGUUCAUUUCAAAUGCAUUGCAUGGGUUGAUUUCUUUCAUACUAACUGUUGAAAUUUAUUUAACACCUGUUAAACAGUUUUCUAUCAGGAAACAAGUAAUUACAAAGAGAAUAGCAAGGAAUUGUUUCCUUGCCUAUUGUCACAUAAAUUACAUACUGUAACACGAUAUGAUAUGUAUUCUAAUUGAGUACUUAUAGCUGAUCUAUGCACUCAGAAAAUUUGAUCGUCGAAUCCUGCAAAAUUAAUCAUAAAUUUGCUGUUAUUAUAAAAUGAGAAUUGAAUUAUGAUUCCUGAUAGAAAUACAAGACUUAUACAAAUUUUCGAA